CAGGUGUUGUGUUGUAAAUCAUGGCGUCGUAUCAGAAACUAGGUGGUAUGCAACCACUGACGGAUAAAGAUCUUGAAGAAAUUCUAAAUGACAGUGACUUCUACUUGAGCGAUGAUGAUGAGGAAAUCACCGCCGAAAACAGUGAAUCAAUUGAGGCAAAGGAUAAUGAAGACGACGAGCCGGCGCCGGCAGACGCAGAUUCGGUUUCUGAUACCAUUGAAGAGGAGUCUGAUGACGAUAAUGUUCCCUUAUCCAGAAUAAGAGAGCAGGUUCUCCAGGAGCAAACAAAAAAUAAAACCGCAGAAGUAAAAUGGAAAAGAAAUGUUGUUGAAAGUCGAGAAGAUGUCUACCUUGAUCCGGAAUGGCAGUUACAAGAUGAUCAUGACUAUUGGACACCCCUGAACUAUUUUUAUGAAUACUUUCCAGAUUAUUUUUGA